CCCACGCGAAGAGCCAAAACUCUUCCGAUGGCAGCAACAGGCCCGGGUGGAGAGGAUGGAACAGUUCCAGAAGGAGAAGGAGGAGGUGGACAAGGGGUGCCGGGAUUGCAAACGGAAACUAGCCGAGUGCCAGAAAAAGAUGAAAGAGCUGGAGCUGUCUAGCUCGGAGGGUUCCAAGAGCGAACUGCAGAGAUUGCAGGCCGAAGCCCAGCAGCUCAAGAAAGAAGAGAAGAAUUGGGAAGGAAAAGCCGAGACGCUCAGGAAAAAGGAGAAGACCAUGCCAUGGAACGUAGACACACUCAGCAAAGACGGCUUCAGUAAGAGCGUCUUCAACGUCAAGCCCGAGCAGCAAGAGGAAUCCGAAGAGCAGAAAGAGAAGAAACACAAAACGUUUGUGGAGAAGUACGAGAAGCAGAUUAAGCACUUUGGUAAGCUGGAGGCAGAGUUUGCCCGUGUGAUCAGCUCCGGCUGA